AGAUGUCAUUACCGUGUGCAACUUCAUGGUGUGCAAUGUAAAUUGGUUAAAUAACCUAUACUAAACAGAAAAUUAAAUGGAAAAACGAUGAAUUUGAAUAUAUUACGAUUAACGUUGAAUAAUUUAUUGAAACCAAUUGUAAAUACCAAUAUAUUAUCACGUAAUUAUGCUUUUAAAAGUGACUUAAAAAUAAAAUGGGUACGACCGGAGAAAAUUCCUUGCAUAAAACCAGAAAAAAGUGGAGAUUUAAAACCACUAGCACCGAUAGAUUUACACCAAUAUUCAUUGGAAUAUAAAGGAUCAAAAGAAUUGGAAAAUGCUGAUGAAAUAGUUAAAAAAUUAUUCACACUUGAAUAUCAACCAAAAUAUAAAGCCACAUUAGUUGCAAUGCGUGAAAUGGUUGAAAAAGUCCGAAGACAUCCGCAAGAUUGUGGUUCAAUGGAAGUGAAAAUUGCCAAAAUGACUGUACUAAUUCGUAAUAUGCAGAAAACAAUGGAAGAAUUUCCUAGAAAUCGACGAAUGAAAGUUCGUCUAAAGGAAAUGAUCGAUCGUCGUAAAAAAUUCUUAAAAUAUUUACGAACGUGGGAUUACAAACGAUUUGAAUGGUUACUAGAAAAAUUAGAUUUGGUUUAUAAACCACCACCGAAUGAAUUUCAUUGGAUUACCCGUAAAGAAUCUUUGCAAAAGCUAACUGAUAAAUAUUGCGAAGAUUUGAAAAAUGAGCGACUUGGAGCCUACCGUCGAGAACUUGAAGCGCAACAAGAAGAUUUUUUAAAAGAUAAAAUACAAAAAUUACAAUUUAUUCGAAACGAGCAAUUAGAUUGUGGAGUCCAUAUUACCAUUGAACAGGCUGAAAUAGAUGCUACCAAGAAACAGUUAGAGGAAUUACAAAAAACUAAGAAAAUGGUGGAAGAGUUAGAAGCUAAAAAAUAA